AUGUUCUCCUCUUCCAGACGCCAUGAGAGCUCAAGCAAGAGUUUCUCAAAAAGCCACAAGGCCAGCAAAUCGAGUUCUUCUUUCAGCAAAGACAGUGGCAUCACCAAGCGAAGACAUGAGUCUCGCCAUCGCCGACCAACAAUGACUUCCAUGACCAGUGCCAGUGGCGAUACCAUGAUGGACAACAACAUGGCCUCACCCAUCGUCACUCUCGUAGUUGGCAGCGAACAACGUCUCUUUGCCGCUCACGAAGACGUUCUUGCCACUAGCCCUUUCUUCAACAAUGCUCUACGAAAUGGAUACAUGGACGUCGCCAGCAAACGCAUCUCUCUUCCCGACGAAGAGCCCGAGAUCUUCAGCUCUGUUCUUGAGUUUCUCUACAAGGGAGACUACACUCCUCGUCUUGUUCACAACAAACGUCGUAACUCGUACGAACUUGAAGCUGCUAGCGAAGAACAGCGUGCUGCUGUCGAGAGCACAGUUUAUCAUCGUGGCAUCGACGGUGAUCUUCUCAAGGAUACUGUCAUCUACUGUGCGGCGGAGAAGUAUGGACUUGAUGAGUUGAAGAAGCUGUCGCUGCGAAAGCAAGGACUUCAAUCUGGAAUCCAAUGUAGCACCAUACUUGCUUCAGCAAGAUACGCCUAUGCCAACACUCCUGAUACUGACUCCAAGCUACGGGCUCACUAUCUCGCACUCAUCAUUCGUUCACGAAGCACUUUCAAGCGAAGUGGUACUAUGCAACUCGAGAUGUACAACGGCGGCACUCAACUUUUCUUUGAUCUUUUUGUCGCUCUUUGCAACCAUGUCGACGACAUCUCAACCGCACAGUGA